CAGGAACCGAGCAGUAGGGGUAACCUAUGCCGGUUUGUAGGGAUGUCGAUUUUACUGAUGCAUCUGCCAAAAACCUCAGCUGUGCCUGGCCGGUCUACUCAUGCCUGGCAGAUGCGUGUGCGUAUGGUGCAAUAACCAGAAGGAAACGUUACUCAGCUCCGUUUCCUAAGGGUCAGUGGCUAGCAGCGAGGCACCCGUCACAUCCCGCGGAGAGACACAGCGAGGUACGGACGUGCGGUUGGGAGUUCACGAGGAGCUCUCACAGGCCAAUCGUAUUUUAUUUCUGAAGAUCUUAUUGCACCCAGGGGACCCUUCCCACGCGGAGCAAGGGUUCAGAGGGCUUGUCCGACUGGCGGGCACGUGGCUGAUGUCCUCCGCUCCGGGGGUGGUGGCUGGGCAGCCUGACGGCAGGACUUUGGGGUUAGUUGGUGAGUGGAAAAUCCCUGCAAGGAGCAGAAAUGCUGGCAAGUGAAAGUGAAAGUAGGGCACAAGUGGACAUUUUGGAAAGCUGAUGGAGUUGGGGCAGACUGAGAGCCCUGUGUAUAGGCAGGGGAGCCAGCAGAGGGCCGAGCAAGAAGCCAGGUGGUGGCCAGCUUUUCUGUGGCUGUGGUGUCUUCUGACUCAUCUGUCUGCUCCCGAAAUGGAGUACGCCUGGUAUUGGCUCGAUGAUUCUGGGCAGUGGAUUGAGUAUGGGGAAAAGCAUCCAGAUCACUGCUCUGCCACGGUAACAUCUGCAGAUCUGGAGAAGGAAUUUCGAGCUGACCAGAAAGGCAUUGUGUUAUUCAGGGCUGGUUCUCAGAAGUAUAAGUUAAGCUUUGAAGACAUGGUCCAAAGAAAUUUGAUCUAUGAAACUCAAAGAAAAGUUGCCCGACUGCCAAAAUUUCUGUCCUCUCAAGGUGAACAAGACAGAAGCCAAAGCAUGACUCUAUCGUGUUCUGACUGUCCUCCACAGUGGGACCAAUCUGCACUGCCUGAUAUCGGGUUCAAGUUGGUACAGCUCAGCUACACUUCCCAGGAAUAUGGAAAAAUUAAGAGGCUGUUUGAGAAGACGAUGAAAGAUUACUACAUCCACCAACUGCAGAGGAUCCAGAACCCAACACUUUGGCAAGUUUUUCAGUGGCAAAAGCUGCAGAUGAAGAAGCUCAAUAAAUCAAAACAGGUGGAUGAGCGGCUCCUGUUCCACGGGACAAGUCCAUCCCACAUGUCUGCCAUCUGUGAGCAGAACUUUGACUGGAGGAUCUGCGGGACUCACGGGACAAUGUAUGGAAGAGGAAGCUACUUUGCCAGAGACGCCAGCUAUUCUCAUGACUACUGUUCCUCUCGCAGUGGUCGCUACAGCAUGUUUGUAGCUCGCGUUCUUGUUGGAGACUUUGUUCAGGGAGACCCCGAAUACCUUCGCCCUCCACCCAGAGCCGGCAAUUCAAACAGACUUUACGACAGCUGCGUGGAUGACCCGACAGACCCUUCCAUCUUUGUCAUCUUUGAGAAGCACCAGAUUUACCCUGCCUAUAUCUUGGAGUACAGCAGUGAGGCUCAAUGUAUGAUCCUAUAAUGAAUGGCGGAAUCUCCUUUGAAUUUACACUGAAUAAAUUACACUUUAGUACA